UGUAAUAUACUCGGAUACCUUUGUUUAGCAGAAAUGUCUCAUAUUGAGAUGAUUGAUCUUACUAACUCUCGUGAUUCCUCUCCAUCACCAUACAUAUCUUCAUCUAUUGUACCAAUGAUCCUUAACAUUGGUCAUGUUUCUACCAAACCUAAUCUUCACAAUCAUAUACAUCAUCACCAACACCAAACUAAUGUGUUGGUCUCACCGCCACAAGGAUUCGGGGUUCCACCACAAUCAAAAUUCAACAAUAACACCUCCCAGAUCACUAUUAUGCCCCAACUUGGUAUACAUAGUGGAAGCCCACUUGCGAGGGUUCUUCAACCGUUACCUGAACCAAAUACCUUUCCAUUUCCAAAUGGAUCUAGGUUCAGGGUCCCGUGGUCACAACAAGAGCAUGAUUUAUUUGUGAUGGGGCUUACUGAAUAUGGAAAAGGGAAAUAGAGCAAAAUAGCAAAGCACUAUGUAUGCAACAAGACACCACAACAAGUUCAAUGCUAUGCUCGUAGCUUUUUCAAGUAUCUACCAGCUUCAUAUGUGGAUCGUUUUAAGAGAAAGAAACUAUCUUCAAAUA